GAAAAAGUGUGACCAAUGACGAAGCAUGGAUUCUGUCAAUGAUAGCCAAUCGGUGACAAGUGAAUACAGUGCCGUCGACUCUUUGCAUGAGAAGGCGAUGAACAAUAAUAAUAACAACAACAACAACAACAAUACAUCAGUAAACAACAAUAACAACAACAGCAGGAGUCCUCUUCAUCCGCAUCAUCAACAUAUUCAGCAGCAGCAGCAACAACAACACAAAAUUGCACGUGAAUUGGGGAGCCCGAACGGCUACAACAACAACAACAACAUGAAUACCACAGCGAUGCUGAUGCAUCACCAGCAACAACAGCAAGCAGCCGCUGCAGCGGCAGCAGCAGCAGCGCAACAACAGCAACAACAACAGAACGGCAGCAAUCGUGACGGCAGCAACAGCUCCCGGGGCGCUGGCGAUGAUCGGCCCAAUGGCCGGAAUUCCCAUACGGGUCGCGGGUCCAGCUGCUCGCCAGCCAGCUCCCCCACCCGUCAUCCGAACGCCGUCAGUCCCGUGACUUCGCUCAACCACUCGAUGAUGGCCCAAAUGGCACAGCAGCAACAUCAUCAGCUCAGUCCGCCCCCACAUGUGGGCGGCGUGCCCACACCGAAUGGUCUGCCCGCCGGACUGCCGCCCCGCAUGCCACACGGCCUGCCCCCACACUCGCUGGGUCUGCUCAACUCACUCCAAAUGAUGCAUCACGCCUCGCCACUGGAACUGAUGGCAGCGGCCCAUCACCAUGUGCCCCCUCGCUCCUACAAUUCGCCGCCGCCCAUCUCAACAUCCGAUCCCAGCGCCAACGAGUGCAAGCUGGUCGAGUACCGGGGCCAGAAAGUGGCCGCCUUCAUCAUCAGUAAUGAGACCAUGCUCUGCCUGCCACAGGCCUUCGAGCUCUUCCUCAAGCACCUGGUCGGCGGUCUCCAUACCGUGUACACCAAGCUGAAGCGCCUGGAUAUUGUGCCCUUGGUGUGCAAUGUGGAGCAGGUGCGAAUCCUGCGCGGCCUCGGCGCCAUUCAGCCGGGCGUCAAUCGCUGCAAGCUGCUCUCCUGCAAGGACUUCGAUGUGCUCUACAGGGACUGCACCACUGCCAGAUGCCUAUCGAUCAAGCCACCAGAGAGUUCCAGACCGGGUAGACCGCCGAAACGGGGCCCCGUUGGCUUAUCGCUGCCCCCGACGCACCUCACACAGCAUCCGCAGCUGAAGAAGCAUCGACUCGACAAUGGGGACUAUGCUUACGAGAAUGGCCAUAUUAGUGAUAUGAAUCGUCUGGAGAAAUCGCCGCUGCUGGCCAACGGCUACAAUCCCCCGCCCAUCAAUCACAUGGCCUUCAUGCAGAUGAAUGCACAUCAUCCGGGCGCGGCGGCCCUCAUGUCCCCCGGAAUGCCGCCUCAUGGACUGCAUGCCCGUCCCGAGAGCCAAAUGCUGAAGGCGGCAGCACAGAGUGGCAUGUCUGCGGCUAAUAUGGACGCAUUGGCCCGAUCGGGCAUAUGGGAGAAUUGUCGGGCCGCCUACGAGGAUAUCGUGAAGCAUUUGGAGCGUUUGCGCGAGGAGCGUACAGAUGAGCGACAACAGUUAAGCGCUGGCGGCGCUGUGGGCGACAUAAAGCCCAGGGAUCUGAGCUCACGCAAUUGCUCACCCACGCGCCAGAGUCCCGUGCUGAAUCUCUCGAAAUCCGGCGGCAACACCGAUCACGGCAGCAACUGCGACGCGGGCAGUGAACGCAGCGAUUGUCACUCAACGGCGGCGUCGCCACGGGCCCGCAGCUUGGACGAUGGCAGUCGGGGCGGUGUGAUUGGUGUCGAGGACGAGGACGAGGAGAACUUGAGUGAUGAGAAUCAGUCCGAAGUCGAUGAACGCUGCCUCGGCAAAGACGACGAGGACUUGAGUGACACGGAGCGUGAUAAUCUGUCCACGGGCUCAGCGGCCGCUGCCGCAGCAGCCGCCGCCGCUGCACAUCUCCAUCAGCAUGCGGCCGCUCACCAUCAUCAGCAUUUGGCACGCGGCUCUCCCACACAAUCGCCAGCCGCUGUGGCUGCUCUGCAGCAUCAGCGGGCGCUCAACUACUCGCAGCUGGCGGCGGCUGCAGCCGUCGCCAAUGGGGCGGGUGGUGCGGCAGUCGCUGUGGCUAAUCCAGCGCUCGCCAAUGGACCGGCGGGUGGUGCGGCCGGUGGCGCUCUGACGCCCAACGAGGCGCUGCUCGCUGCCAACGAUGCUACUGCGGCGGCUGCGUUGGCGGGCGGUUUGGCGCUCGGACCGCUGGGCCUGGAUGCGCACGCCGCUGUGCCCGCCUCAUCGACGGAGACGCUGCUGCGCAACAUUCAGAGUCUGCUGAAGGUGGCGGCGGAUAAUGCGCGCCAACAGGAGCGACAGAUUAGCUAUGAGAAAGCUGAGCUAAAGAUGGAUGUGCUGCGCGAACGAGAGGUCAAAGAUUCGCUGGAACGGCAGCUCGUCGAUGAGCGUAAAUUGCGUGUGCUCUAUCAGAAGCGCUUCCGACGAGAGCGUAAGAUACGCAUACGCUACCAACAGCAGUUGGGAGGCGGCCAGGCGCCGCACAAGAGCAAUGGUGGGGGCGCCUGCAGCGAGGGGGAUCAGUGUGCGGGCAGCGCUGGCAGCGUUGGCGCCGUCGGCGACUCGAAGUGCGGCAGCAGCAGCAGCAGCGGCGAUAAUGGGCGUCGGCCAGAGCAAGAUAACGAUGGCGGCAGUCGCGGCAGUGAUAAGUCUGACAAGUCCUUGAGCUCCUGUGAUGUAACGCGCGGCUCAGCAGCAACAACAGCAUCUGCAGCAGCAACAGCAACAACAACAACAACAACAAGCCCCACCCACUUCAAGCGGGAGCCCCACUCCGAUCACGAGGGCUCCAUGGAGCGUCAGCGUGCGUCCGAUGAGCAAACACGCUGCUCCAGUCGUGAGCGCGACGAGCGCUCCCACGACCCCCACUCGCCCGUCACAGCCCCCAGUGCGGCCGCUGUCGCCGCUGCCGCAGCAGCAGCAGAGGGCAGUCUGGCAGCGGCUGCAGCGGCCGCAGCAGCAGCGGCGGCCAGCAAUGGAAAGGCGCCCUGGAACUAUCCGGGCAUUGACCUGAUGGCCACCGGCGCCUUCUGGCAGAACUACUCGGAGUCUUUGGCGCAGGAGCUUGAAAUGGAGCGCAAAAGCCGCGCUGCCAAUGCCGAGCGCGAUGUGAAGAGUCCUUUGGCCGAACGGCCCACGGCCUAUUAUAAGAACUCGGUGCUAUUUGGCAGCGCCAACUAAAUGGGACCCUCAUCCCAGGUCCAAGGCGGUAAGCUUGAAGUAGAUGCGUUUUUUGAUCUCAAAGUGCAAUCCAGGCGGCAGUUGCAGCAUUGAAUUCGAUAUCUCGAUGGCACGUAGGCGUGGCACCAAGGCUUAUACUAUAUAAGUAGUCGCAAGUUAGCAUAAUGCCCAGUUUGUACAUAAGUAUAUAAUGGAAAUUGAUGGUGAACAUGAAAUUGUUCAUGUGCUUCAUAUGUCAGCCAGUGAGUAGGAAAAGAGGAUAACAGGAUAACAGGAGGAGAGGAGGAAUAGAACGUUGCAAACGUUUGCGCCAUUUUGUUGUAAAUAGCAUCUUAAAGUAGAGCAGCCCGAUUAAAAGUUAGCUUACAGUUCUACAUACUACCUACGAGUACUAUAUAUAAGAAAGUGCGAGGAAAUUAGAUUGCUGCAUUCUGUAAAUAGCAUAUAAAGACUUUUCUCAAAAACGCGUCGACUCGAAAGAGCGACUAAGCUAGUAGAUACGCCUAGCAUUAAAUAGAGACACAUUAAAACAGUGCUUGGUAGUAGCUUCAAUUCAAAAACACAUAUUUCAGAUAAAUCGAAAACUAUGUACUUAUAUUAAUUUUAAAUUUUAAAGCGCCGCUUCUAGUGUUUAAGCAGAUAGAUGGAGGUGAAUGGAGGGCGUGUGGCAUAGAACACAGUUUUUAGUUAAGCCAUUAUUGAAGAGGAAGAGAACCCGAUAAUAUUUACAAAUAAGUAAGUUUUAAUUUAUUCACUAGCGCCGUGCAUUAAGCCUACUAUUAAAAUUAGUUUUAAACAUAAUAUUUAACUCGAAGUAUUUCACUUGCGUAGGCAACUCUGACUAAGCAUUAAACAAAUAAACAAAAAAUUAUUAAAUAUAUACAUACAUACACAUACAUGCAAAUAAUAUGAAAAUUUAUAUGCCCAUCAUUGAAAUAUGUUACAAAAAUUGACAUUAAAAAUACAAGAACAAAAAAAACAACAACAACUAUUUAAACGCUUCAUAUGCUAUUAUAUAAAC